AUGAGCGACUCACUAUACGACGGAACGAUUCGCACGGCGAAGAGCGCCCUGGAGACACUGGCACACAUUCUCCGCAAAGCCGAGGAGAGCCCUAAUGCCAACUCUCUGCUCGCAGCUCGUUUGUACGACGACAUGAAACCCUUGACCUUUCAAGUCUACAUAGCCACUCAAAUGGCGGAAAGAAUGACUGCGAGGCUGACUGGUCGCGAGCCAACUGUCUUUGAGGACAACUUUUCCUCGUACGCCGAAAUGCACCAACGCAUCGAUAAGGUCCUGAAAAGCCUAUCAGAGGUCGACAAAGACAAUGUCAAUAAGCACGCCGAGCAAGUCAAAACUACUCAACUGGGCUCGGCGGAAGUCGAUUUGACUGGCGCCGCUUACGCUCAUGGGAUGACUGUGCCGAACAUUUUUUUCCAUCUUAACAUGGCGUAUGCUAUCCUUCGAAAGGAAGGGGUGCCGUUAGGAAAGCGGGAUUAUUUAAGGUCCUUCCUGGCCCCAUAUACCACGAACAAAAGCGGGCCUUGA